AGUGGAGGUUUCAACUUAAUUUACUACAAUGGAUAUUAUCCGAUCCAAAUUUCCUGACCUAACAGAGAGAAUCAACAACACAGUUUCUAAACAAAUUGCCUGUGACCUGUAUGCAACAGAAAUUUUCACCUUAGAAGAGAUGAAUUAUGUCCUUUCUAACCCAGUGGCUCAAGAGGUUGCAAGAAGAUUGAUUACAUCCGUUCUUAAUAAAGGAGAAGAAUCAUGUAAAUAUUUCCUUCAGUCCCUUGAAAAUAAAGAUAGAUUUUUAUUUCACAGUCUCAUGGGAAAAAAUGUUUUUGGAAGAGUAACAGAUGAGGAUUUGGAAUAUCUGGAAUUUCAGCUUAAAAACUUGUAUAAUAGCAAUGUCUUUCAAAAUAUCUACCCAGUUGGUGAAGAAAUUGACAUCAUAUUAGAUUUGGAAACAACUUUUACUGACCCUUUACUGUGGAAGAAAAAUACACUCAAUCACAGAAAAGAACAACUUACAUUGGAAGAUUUACUAAACAGACUUAAAAGUCCAUGCAUCAUUGAGGGAGAAGCUGGCAAAGGAAAAAGUACUAUACUAAAGAGGAUUGCUUUUCUCUGGGCAUCUGGAAAGUGUGACUCACUUAAACAGUACAGGUUUACAUUCUUUAUCACUUUGCGUAGUACGAGCAAAAGCCUUUAUGAGACAAUGUGUGACCAGCUUUUUCCUGUUACUUGUAACUGGAACAAACAAGAAUUCAUGCAUAAAAUCUGGAGCCUUGGACCUAAAGUGUUAUUUUUAUUGGAUGGCUAUGAUGAAUUCAGCUGUGAGAGCUGUGCAGAAGUCGAUGACCUUAUAAAACGACACUAUAAAUUUGGCAGCACCGUCAUUGUCACCACAAGAACAGAAUCUCUCAAAGAACUUCGACAUUGUGCUUCUCUGAUUGUGGAAACCAGUGAUUUAACCCCUGAAAGUGCAAAAAACUUGAUUUCAAAUAUCUUACAAGAAGAAGAAGCCAUCGCCUUAUUGCAGCAGUUGGAUGAGACAGAUUUUAUGAAAAAUCUCAUGAAGACACCACUUUUUGUAGUCAUAGCUUGUGCUCUACGAAUGGGGGAGCUUGAAUUUCACAUGAACACUCAAACAACACUUUUCUGUACACUAUACGACUUGAUGGUUGAGAGGAGUCAUCACAAAAUUAGAGAUAUACAGAUAAGUAUCAUAGAACAAAAUAUUAUCUACUGUGGAGACUUGGCUCUUGAGGGACUGUUUGGCCGUAAGUUUGAAUUUCAAAAAAAAGAUUUGGGUGAUAUUGUAGAGAAUAUCCUGCUUAACAUUGGGCUUUUAAAUAAGCAUGGGGCUCAAAAACCAAAACCUGUGUACAGAUUUUUUCAUACAUCAUUCCAAGAAUACACUGCUGGAAGGAGACUUGCUCAACUUUUGUCAUCGGAAGACAUUUCCAGUUCUGAGAAAGGAGAAUGCUACCUACAUAAAAUACUCACAGUAAAUGAUGUCACAGAUAGGUACAAAAAUUUGCUGUUUUACACAUGUGGGUCAUCCAAAACUGCUACUCAGAAAGUUAUUAAUCACAUUGUAAAUGUGUGCAAAGAUGGCAUAAACGAUCAGAGCACUGAUAUUGUGGACUUCGGAAUAAACCUUUUUUAUGAAAGUGCCACCAAAAUGGAACUAAGUAAGGAAUUCAAACGCUUCUUUUUUGGAAGAACAUUACACAUUAACAUGUAUAAUAUAGCCUCCCAUCAUGUUGACUUUUUUCAAUACUUACCAAGCUGCCUAAGUGUCCUUCAUCUAGUCAAGUUAGAUUUAUUUGGUUCACAUAGUGAUGCAUUAAAUAAAGAUAAAAAGGACACCUCUCAGGAAAGAGGACACAUGGAGAAUAAACCAAACACAUGCAUUUCUGAAAAGGUUGUCAAGUUGUUUUUUGAUUGGACUCAAGCUCUGCAGACUCUGGAGGUCACAUUGAAAAACUUUGAUCGACUUAAUAAACAUGACAUAAAAUGCCUUGGAAAGAUAUGCUGCUGUGCUGAGCGUCUCAGGCUUAAGAUUAGCUGCAGCACAGGAAUCACUGGGAACCUUGCAAAAAUUGUGGAAUACUGCAAAAGAAUGCAGGAUCUGAUUAUAGACAACACCCCUCUAAGUAUUGAGGAUGAGACACGAAUUGUGGAGAUGACAAGUAUGAAAAUAUUAAGCAUUUCUUAUAUGGACAGGCAACAAGAAGAAGGUGGUUUGCUACAUGGCUUGUGUAAUCUCGUGGAAAUUGAAAAAUUAGUCCUGCACAAUAUACGCCUAAAUGAAAAAGAUGCUGAAAUUUUAGCCAGCAGCAUACAGUGUUUACCUGAACUCAGAAUUCUUCAGCUCUCAGAUGUUCCCAAUAUUGGCAAUGGACUAGAGCACAUAAUAGAAUCCUUUUCACACAACUGCUGCCAAAUAAAAGAGCUCCAUUUGAAUAACUGCUGUUUGACAGCAAAGGCUGUGAUCUCUCUCACACAAAAUUUAAACAAUAUCAGAGAUUUGGAAGUGCUUGAUCUUUCUGAUAACUAUUUGGAAGAUGAUGGAAAGCAUGCUGUGGAAGAAUUAGGCAUUGCCUUGACUCAGCUGCCAGCACUUAGGACACUUAAGUUACCUGGAGGUACAAAUAUAAAAAGCUGCCUGGAUAAACUGAUGUGUCAACUUAAGAGAAUUCCAACCCUGUCAAUCCUUACAAUUAAAAGGUGGAACAUGCGUGAUGAAGAUAUGAUGAAAUUAG